UAAUUACGGAGUACAAAUAUAGACUUUGUACAAGAGAAGUUUCUACUUUGGUAAUUGCUAAAGUUGUUUCAAAAUAGGAAUUGAAAAAAAUAAAAUAAAAAUAAUAAAACAUAAAAUUAAUUUAAUUCUCGCUAUCCAAAAUUCCACGACAGUGUGUUGACGGGUUGGCGCGAAAGUAGAAUAGCAAACCUUCACGGACCAGGAGAAAACCUCUUUUCCCCGAACCCCUUCUUUCUAUACUAAUCUUCCACGUUUCCCUCUAUAGAAAACCCUUUUCUCUCUCUUUCUCUCUCUCUAGAAAUCCUUCUUCAGGCCAACCUUCAUCGGAUUCACAAAACCAUGGCCUUCCAUUUCUUUUUCAACAGAAGAGAAAGAGAAUACAGAGAUAAAUGGGCCAACAAUAGUGCAACAACCACCGUUAAAGGAGAAGACGCCGCCUUUGCCAACGCCGUCGCCACAGGGACGCCGCUCUCCUCCAUCGCAGAGGCGUUCGAGGAGCUCUCCGGGCUGGUCAUGUCCGGUGGUGAUUCCGACGAUCUGCGUUUGAAGUCCUUCUGUGAUGCGUGCUCUCUUGUCUCUGUCCUUUUCGGUUGUCUCGGGAUUGCAUUCAAAUUCGCAGAGGCUGAAUACGUCAACAAGGUGCAUAACCUUGUGGAAGCAUCAAAGAGAUAUGACACUUUAAAUAACAUACUGGAUUACGAUACACAAAAUAAGAGUGUGAGAACGCCAGGAAGCCUUUCACGAAAUUUGCGCAGGGUCAGGCAGGGUCUGGACCUCAUUAGAGCUUUAUUUCAGAACUUCUUGUCAACAGACUAUUGCUCUUUAAAAGAAGCAGCUUCAACAGCUUACGCGCACGUUUGUGCACCAUACCACUCUUGGACAGUCAGGACAGCAGUUUCUGCUGGAAUGUGUGCUCUUCCAUCAAGGGAGCAACUUCUGAUGAAGUUAAACGCAACCGAUGAGGUAGCAGAGAAGGAAAUGAGAAGGUAUAUCAGUGCCUCACUUCCAGUCAUAGAAUACAUAGACAAGCUUUACCUCUCAAGGAAUAUCAGCUUGGAUUGGUGACUUAUAUCAGCCAUUGCCCAUUUUAAUCUUCCCCAUGAAUGAUCUUCGAUUUUUUGAAGGCAUUUUAUCUCGUUUUAAUUUUAACCUAAAGCAUAUUGGUUCCAGUUUCAACGAAUUCAAGAUCUUGCUCUUGUAGUUGCACAGAAUCUUCAACUUAGUGGCAUUUGUAACCAAUAUUAAUUGUUUAUAAUGAAAUCUUAGGUGAUGUACACAUUUUUUUUUGUACUUCUUCUUGUUCCUUUUUCUUUCCUAUGCUGCUGGCAGCAGUAUGUAAAUGGCAUUAACGUAAUAAUGGAGUAAAAAUAGUUUACA